CCUCCAGUCAGCUGCAGACUGUGAUGUGACCGGUUGGUUCGGAUUACUUCCAUCUUUCUCUGUAGUCGGUGAAGAUCAGUCCGAGAUGACAGCGGUUGUUCUGCAGGCAGCAGCAGGAGGAGGAGGAGGAGGAGGUGGGGGCCUGAAGUCUCCUUGCAUGCUGUUUCUGUGUGUCGUCCCGCUGCUGUGGCUGCAGCUGGCAGACGCCAGCGCCGCUCCGGAUGCCAAAGCCUGGAGGCAAACGGGGCCACGGCUGCAGCUCUCCCACUCAGAUCUGAGGAACAAAUUGGCUGUGUUCUGGGGGGGCGGAGUCAGCGGCGGAUACCAGGCCCUGUUAUUGGACGAGGAUCAGGGAUGGCUGUUGGUCGGAGGGAAAGACCACAUCUACCUGCUGAGACCCGACAGCUUGGAUCUGCCCACACACACGAUCCACUGGCCCGCUGCCAGAGAACACGUGGAGCACUGCAGGCUAGCGGGGAAAAGCCUGGAGACAGACUGUGCCAACUUCGUGCGGCUGUUGCAGCCGUUCAAUAAGACCCAUGUUUACGCCUGUGGUACCGGCGCCUUCCAUCCACAGUGCACAUACCUGCACGUAGGACACAACGCAGAGCAGCCGUUGUUCAUGUUGUCUCACACGGUGGAGUCGGGCAGAGGAAAAUGUCCCUUCAGUCCCAGGGAGCCCUUUACCGCUCGCCUGACUGACGGUGAACUUUAUGCAGGUAUGUCAGUAGAUUUCAUGGGAGCCAACGCAGCGAUCUUCCGUACGUCUGUCCAGGGCGACAGUCAGCACUACAUCCGCACCGAAGCGUACGAUCACAACUGGCUCAACGAGCCGGAGUUUGUGGGCUCCUUCUCCAUCCCCGACACUCGCAGUCCGGACGACGACAAGGUCUACUUCUUCUUCAAGGAGCAGGCGGUGGAGGCCGGACAGUGGGACAAGAGGGUGUACAGCCGCGUGGCUCGAGUCUGCAAGAAUGACGUCGGAGGGAAGAGGAGUCUGAUCAACCGUUGGACCACGUUCCUCAAAGCCCGGCUGGUCUGUUCUGUCCCCGGCCCGUCUGGAGUCGACACACAGUUCGAUGAGCUCGAGGACAUCUUUGUUCUGGAGACGAAGGACCCUCAAAACCCGACCAUCUACGGUGUCUUCAGUACAUCCAGCUCUAUCUUUCGUGGCUCAGCAGUGUGUGUGUACUCCAUGGCGUCUAUCCGCGCUGCUUUUAACGGGCCGUUUGCCCAUAAAGAGGGUCCAGACUAUCGCUGGGUGGAGUACAAGGGCCGCAUCCCCUACCCGAGACCAGGCACUUGUCCCAGCGAGACGUACGAUGCCCUCCACAAGUCCACCAAGGACUUCCCAGACGAGGUGGUGAGCUUCAUGCGGCAGCACCAGCUGAUGUGGGAGCCCGUCCUGCCGGUGGGCGGCAGACCCAUCCUGACCCGGGUAAACGCACCCUACAUGUUAAAGAGGGUCAUCGUGGACAGGGUGGACGCCGAGGACGGACCAUACGAUGUCUUACAUCUAGGCACAGAUGACGGGAAGGUGGUGAAGGCCGUUUCAGUCGUCAAAGACAGCUGGGACACGGAGGAGAUUAUUCUGGAGGAGCUGACGGUCUUCCAGAGUCCCACUCCCAUCCUGAGCAUGGAGCUGUCAACAAAGAGAAAGCAGCUGUACGUGUCCAGUGAGCUCGGCGUGGCCCAGCUGGGGCUCCAGAGGUGUGAGUUGUACGGGUCGGACUGCGCUGAGUGCUGCCUGGCCAGAGACCCCUACUGCUCCUGGGACGGUCAGACCUGCUCCAGAUACUUCCCAACCAGCAAGAGGCGGGCGCGGAGACAGGAUGUAAAGUAUGGAGACCCCUGGAGUCAGUGCCCAAUCACAGAGGACGAUUCAGAGUCUGUGGAGGUGAAGUCGGUGUACGGUGUGGAGGGAAACUCCACCUUCUUGGAGUGUGUUCCUCGGUCUCCGCAGGCUGAGCUCAGGUGGACGCUGCAGCACACGGAGAGCCAGCAGCAAGCGCUCAGUCAGACGCAGGAAAGCACAGAGCUCCGUCAGAGCGAUGACGACCGCAUCCUUCACAUGAAGCGGGGUUUGCUAGUUCAACGCCUGGAACUGGCUGACUCGGGCCUCUACACCUGCGCCAGCCACGAGCACUCCUACAGCCAGGUCCUGGCCCGAUACCGCCUUCACAUUAUCCCCAACCACAGCCUCCACCCGACCCGCUACCUGCAGAACCACAGCCCGAUCCACCCGGGCGCAGGCGGCCUCGGGAGGAUCAGCCCAGCUGCGGUCGCCGGGUUUCUCGGCCAGUCGGCGCCCCUUCAACCUCCGGUGCCAGGACACAGGAACUCGUGGCUUCCUCUGAAGAGCUACAAAGACCUGCACAUGGUGGGGACCAACAGUCUGAGUGUGGACGAGUACUGCGAGCAGCUGUGGUACCGCGAGAAACGCCGGCAGCAGAAGCUCCGCACCCUGAAGCUGAAACAGGACAGCAGGAAAGCCCGAGUGAGGCGGAACAACCCUCCGGAGAUUCCCCUCUAGUCGAACACAGAGACUGCUCACGGACAACAGAUCCUGUACAUGCAGAGGACACGGAAAGGUUUGCUUGUUGUUGGCCUUUUUUUUUUUUUGCAAAUAAAACUGCUAGCAAGACACCAACCAUAUUUACCAUUAAAGACUGUCAGUAAUAAAAAAGACAUUAGUAUAUCCUCACCCUGAAUAUUUUUUACGGAAUUUGGCGUAAAGAGCAUUACUUAUCUUGGAACUUAUUUUCUUCACUACGCUGAAGUAGAGUUUACAGAAUUACAGUUGAAACGCUAAAGUUGACUAAAAAGAGGAAUACACAAUCAUCUGUUGAUUGAUUUUGAUCUUAAUGCCUUAAUAAAAAAAAU